UGCAGAUGUCAGCUUUCAAAGUUCAGGCGGAGAACAAGGCUUUUUGGUCCUUUAUCUUGGUUGUAGCCACGCCACAGCUGCACACUGACCUCGAUAAGGGGGACAGUGCGGUGAAGUACACUCUCUCGGGGGAUGGGGCAGGCACCAUUUUCACAAUUGACCAAACAACCGGGGACAUCCAUGCCUUAAGGAGUCUUGACAGGGAAGAGAAGCCUUACUACACCCUGCGCGCCCAGGCUGUGGACAUCAACACCAACAGGCCCCUAGAACCAGAGUCAGAAUUUGUAAUCAAGGUCCAAGACAUCAACGACAAUGAGCCAAAGUUCCUCGAGGGACCUUAUACCGCCAGCGUCCCUGAGAUGUCACCAGUAGGGACGUACGUGACGCAAGUAACAGCCACAGAUGCAGACGACCCCACCUACGGAAACAGCGCCAGAGUGGUGUAUAGCAUCCUCCAUGGCCAGCCAUACUUCUCCGUGGACCCAAAAACAGGUGUUAUAAAGACCGCCUUGCCCAAUAUGGACAGAGAGGUGAAGGAGCAGUACCAGGUUCUAAUCCAGGCCAAGGACAUGGGGGGCCAGCUGGGGGGUCUGGCAGGUACCACCACCAUCAACAUCACCCUCAGUGACGUCAAUGAUAACCCACCCAGGUUCUCAAAAAGUUUCUUUCACCUCAGAGUCCCUGAGUCUUCUUCUGUGGGGUCUGCUGUUGGGAGAAUCAAAGCCCAUGAUUUGGACAUUGGGAAAAAUGCUGAAGUAGAGUACACCAUUGUGCCAGGAGAUGGAGGAGCCAUGUUUGACAUCACCACCAACGAACACAACCAGGAGGGGAUCAUCAUUCUCAAAAGGCCGCUGGACUUUGAAACCAAGAAGGCGUACACCUUUAAGGUAGAUGCCUCCAAUGCUCACCUGGAUCCUCGAUUCCAAAGCUUUGGGGCCUUCAAAGACACAGCCACGGUGAAGAUUAACGUUUUGGAUGUGGAUGAGCCCCCGGUGUUCAAUAAGCCCUCCUAUGUGAUGGAUGUGUAUGAAGACACACCCGUGGGCACCAUCAUUGGAGCCGUGACUGCCCAGGAUUUAGAUGCCAGCAACAGUCCAGUCAGGUAUUCCAUCGACUGGAAGAGUGACAUGGACAGCUACUUUGACAUUGAUCCAGUAGAGGGGACGAUUUCAACAAACGAACUCCUUGACAGGGAGAGCAUCGCCCAGCACAACAUCUCCAUCGUGGCGACCAAACUUAAUAGUCCAGUCCUGACCAGCCGUGUGGCUGUCACUGUCCAGGUGUUGGAUAUCAACGAGUUUCCUCCUAAACUUGCCAGCCCGUAUGAGACCUUUGUGUGUGAAAAUGCCAAAGUGGGACAGGUUAUUCAAACAUUCAGUGCAAAGGACGAGGAUCUACCAAGUGCAGGACAACAAUUCUCCUUCAAAUCCCCAAAAGAGGACACAAAGAACAAGAACUUCACCAUCCGGGACUUUGGAAACAACACAGCUGGGAUUGUGACAAAGCGGAGUGGCUUUCGACGGCGCUUGCAGGAGAUCUACCUCCUCCCCGUGGUGAUCGACGAUAAUGGCUACCCACCCAAAAGCAGCACGGGCACGCUGACCAUCCGCGUGUGUGGCUGUGAAUCAGACGGUGCCCUGCUAACGUGCAGUGCUGAGGCCAUCUUUCUCCCUGUGGGCUUGAGCACAGGAGCUCUGAUCGCCAUCCUUCUAUGUAUCAUCAUCCUGUUAGUUAUCGUGGUCCUCUAUGUGGGUCUGAGACGGCAGAAGAAAAAAGAAACCCUAAUGUCAUCGAAGGAGGACAUCCGAGACAACGUGAUCCACUACGACGACGAAGGAGGCGGCGAGGAGGACACGCACGCCUUUGACAUGGGAACCCUUCGCAAUCCCAAAGUAGUCAAAGAGAACCUGUACCGCAGGGAUGUCAAACCUGAGCUAAAGCCAGGUCCCAGGCCGCCCGUCUCUCAGGACAGCGCCGACAUCCGAGAUUUUAUCAACCAGCAUCUGCAGGAGCACGACAUGGACAACUCGGCCCCGCCCUACGACUCUCUGGCCACGUACGCCUACGAGGGCAAUGGCUCCGUGGCGGAGUCGCUCAGCUCCAUCGAGUCCCUCGCAGUAGACCACGAGGAGGACUAUGAUUACCUCAAUGACUGGGGGCCCCGCUUUAAGACACUGGCAGGGAUAUUCGGUGAGCAAUCAGAAACUCAGUCGGACUCAACCACAACGGAGAACACGCAUUGAUGUUAUUCACGGACUCUUCAAGCAAAUAUGUAACAACGUUCUUUUGGUUGGCGAUGUUAAACCAUCUUUUUCCUCUGUUCUCAUGUUUUUCCAGCUCACCGUUUUCUAUUUUUCCGUGGUACUUUUUACCAUGCUCGGUCCCGAAAUUGUAAAAAAGAAAAAACACAAAAAAUCAAAACGAGGGAACAUUUGGUAACACGAUUAGAUGAGCAAAGCAGCCAUUCAAUUACCUCUCAAUUGAAUGUUGUUUCUUGUCUUACAUUUUGUUUCCUCUUGGGGAAUACGCAUACACAUGGAAAUGUUGUCAUUUCCUAAAACAUCCUUAAAAGUGCCUCAAUAUAAUUGUUAUUUUACUUGCUAUUUCAUGCCACAUAUCCGGUGUUGUUUCUUAGAACCCAUAGGUUAAGCUAAUUCAGCCGGCUAACUGCGCUCCGACUGGAUUCAACCAAGACCAAUGUCGACUCUGUGGGGACAAUGACGUGGCCCGAGUUUGGCCAAAGAUGUUUUGAAUGUUAUUUAUUGUUCUAUUUAUUUAUUGGCUGAUUGAGUUUGAUUAGAUUUUUGUGUAUUUAUCUAUUUAUCUCUCAGUCAUUGAUCUGUAUUUUUUAUUUUUGGAGACACACAAGGAUUUUUGUAAUUAAUCAUGGCCCACAUUAAAAUGUACGUUUCUGUUAGGUGGGUCCUGUGAAUAGACUUGUACUAGAGUUGUAAAAAAAAGACUUUAGGGCUAAAUACUGCAGUUCAGUCAUGUAAUAAACACAGUUUUCUUAA